AUGAAAAUUACAAAUCAAUGUAAUCAUGAUCAUAGAAUUUGUUGUGAAUGUAUAGGAACAUAUAUCAAGCACGAACUUGAAGAUAAUGGAAAUCUUAGAAUUUCAUGCCCAGAAGAUGGAUGUACCGAAAUAUUAAAUCAAAAUGAUGUAAAAAAAUUUGCAAGUAGAGAAUCAUUUAGACG